CCAAUACGCCUUUCCAGUAAACAAUGGAGAGAGAAAAAGAAAUGGGUGGACGGUGGUCCAAACUCGGGAGUCCCGAGUCGAGACGCCACUAACUCGUGGGUAUGAUUGAUUCUGGUUUUGGGAAAGGCAAAAAAGGAAAAAAAAUCAUCCAGCAUUAUAAGAGAGUAUACUUGGUAGCGAAAAGAGCCACUCCUCAUUUGAAAGGUGUAUCGGACCAGCAAUCUCACUCAAUUCUUCUGCUGCUCGCUUCGAGCAUUCAUAUGGCGAGCUUAAGCUUCAUCGUGGGCAUCAUAGGCAACAUAAUCUCCAUACUUGUCUUCACUUCUCCCAUAGGCACGUUCCGGCGAGUGGUGAAGAAGAAAUCAACUGAGAGCUUCAAGGGGCUCCCGUACAUCUGUACUCUGUUGAGCACCUCCUUGUGGUCUUUCUAUGGACUUCUCAAGCCUGGUGGUUUACUCAUCGUCACCGUCAAUGGCACCGGCGCUGUGUUACAGUUCAUAUACGUCACUCUUUUCCUCAUUUAUGCACCCAAGGAUACAAAGGUGAAAUUGAUGAAGCUGGUAGCUCUCUUGAACGUUGGAUGUCUGGGACUUGUGAUCGCUGUGACUCUUCUGGCGAUACAUGGAAGUCUUCGGCUCACUGUGGUGGGGUUCUUAUGCGCAGGGUUAACACUGGGCAUGUAUGCUUCACCACUAGUUGCCAUGAGGAUGGUGAUAAGGACAAAGAGCGUGGAUUACAUGCCUUUCUCACUUUCCUUCUUUCUCUUCCUCAAUGGGGGUGUUUGGUCUGUUUAUGCUGUGCUCGUCAAAGACUUGUUUAUUGGGGUUCCAAACGCAAUCGGUUUCGUAUUGGGAUCGGCUCAGUUGAUACUGUACGCAGUUUACAGGAGGAAAUCGGCGUCCCAAAAAUCAACGGAGGCGAAAGAGGAGGAAGGUUCGGCCCACCUUGUCCGUGGAAACGUGGAGAUGUCUGAAUACGAAGAUAGCAGCGAGUUCAAGACGAAGAAUCGAAGCCUGAACAAAGGAAUGAGCCUCCCCAAGUCGUCUGUGGCUCGGCAGCACAGCUUCACCAAAAUCCUCAAGACGCUUUCUUUGAGUCCAUACAAAUUGCAUCACUCCAGUUUGGCCGACGACGACGAAGACGACGUCGAGAAAGGGACCACCCACAGUCACCAUUGAUCGUCAUCUACUUCUACAGUUCUACUGCAGCGACGUAAAUAAAUCAAACCUAGGAUAAAAGUCCCCCGUACGCAUAACAUACAAUGAAAGAUGUUUGGAUCCGCUAGCUGUACUUUUUUUUUUUUCCUGCAAUGGUCUCCUGAGUGGUUUCAACUUUCAAGUCUAAACUUUUAUGGGAGUGCAGCAGAUCCCGGGUCUAUGUUGUGGGGUGUCAUCAAUUGAAAUGCCUGUUAUUGUGUUUAACGAUUAAAGAGCGCAUUAUCAUUUCUCAGUCCUCAGUCCUUCUUGCCUUUA